UUUAAGCCGGAAAUGAAAAGGGCGGGUUAUCCCGUGGAAGCUCAUGUUGUAACAACAGAGGAUGGUUAUCUCUUGACAUUACAUCGUAUUCCAGGUAGCAAAGGCUCUGCACCGGUAUUAUUACAGCAUGCUUUAUUAUGCACCUCCGCCGACUGGAUCAUGCUUGGCAAAGGCAAAGCACUCGCUUAUUUAUUAGCGGAUCAGGGAUACGAUGUUUGGUUGGGCAAUUUUCGUGGUAAUACUUACUCAAGAGCCCAUAUUUCUUUAUCGCCAUCGGAAUCAAAAUUUUGGGAUUUCAGCUAUAACAAAAUCGGCAUCUACGAUUUACCCGCGAUGAUUACAUUUAUUACUAAUAUAACAUCGCAACCGUUGCAUACAUACAUUGGUCAUUCGAUGGGCACAACAUCUUUUUAUAUAAUGGCAUCAAAGCGACCGGAAAUCACUAAAAUGGUGAAAAUGAUGAUCAGCCUCGCGCCAACAGUCUUUAUUAAAAGCAAUAUAAGAAAUCCAAUCACUUACAUUACCCCUUUCUGGAGAGAGAUCAAGAUGAUCAUGCAACUUUUCUCCUACAACGAGCUCCUUCCGCAGAAUAAUCUUUUGAGAUUUCUUUCAAAAUACGCUUGCAAUCAGAAUCUCACCCAGCAGAAAUUCUGCACUCGCUUGAUAUUUCUGAUCUGCGGUGACGAUCCCGAGCAGUUUGAUUACUCUCUGCUACCUGUCAUCUUGAAUCACGAUCCAGCUGGCUGUUCGACUAAGACGAUUAUACACUAUUUUCAAGCAUUCCAGACGAACACAUUUCGCCAAUUCGAUUAUGGUCGCAAGAGAAAUCUAUUGAUGUAUAACUCGGCAGAACCUCCGGACUACGAUCUGACGAAUAUUACAGUACCUAUCGCAUUGUUCUAUGGUGCUAACGACUGGCUAGUUAAAGACUCGGAGGUGGAGAAACUUUCUCGUCUAUUGCCGAAUGUAGUGGAUAUGUACAAAGUGCCGUGGCCCAAAUUUAACCAUGUAGACUUUGUAUGGGCUAAGGAUGCGCCCAUACUUGUGUAUAAAAGAUUAUUCGAGCUUAUGAAAAGAAAAGAUUCAAAUAGUGUCAUCGAUAAUAUUAUUGAUGUACGAUAAAUGCAUUGUUGUAAUGUUAAAUUAGCAAUCAAAAUAAAUGAUGAAUAUUACUAAA